AAUAAAUAUCACUAAAACAGAAAUGUGAUAGAAGAUAUUAAAAUAAUUAGUAGGUGAAUAGCUUUUAACAAAUUAUAAUGGGUUUUUACGAUUUAAAAUAGAAAUCUUUAAAAAAUAUUUUUUCACAAAAAGUUAAAGACUAGAAAGUGUUUACCUUUAUUACUAUAGACAAAAUGCACGUUCACUAUUCAACUGUACCCUAAAGUUAUCUUGUGAUAUUUCAAUAUUAAUAUGAAGUUGUCAUCCACCAAGAGUAUUUCAAAGGUCUCUAUAGUAAAGUUCAUAUUAAUAACGUAGAGAGUAUGUGAGGACAGUUAAAAAACUAAUUGCGUCGAUAUAAUCGUUCUAUUUGGAAAAUAAUCUUUUAUCAUAUAGAUGAAUUUCUCCAACAAAUCUUUUUGGUUUUAACAUAUAAAAACCUAUUUUAAAUAAUUCAUUAAGUAAAUGAAAGUUCAAUAGUUGAAAUCAUGAGUCAUUUUAAACUAGACCACCAUGGGAAAACUGGAAGCACUAGAUGACUGUUUCGUGGAUAACCUGAAGUUAGACAUUAACACCUUUGUACACCGGCUCAGUGGUCUAAUAUUUAAGCGCUCCCGCACGAGACUGAUAGAUCCUGGGUCCGAAUCUCGCGGGGGGCGGGAUCGUGUACGCGCACAACCGAAGAGUCUUACACUAGGACGAAACAACCGUUCAGUGCUUCCAGGUUUUCCAUGGUUGUCUAGCUUCAGUUGACUCAUGAUUCCAACUAUUGAAAUUACUAAAAUCUCCACAAAACCCCUUCUGAAAUGAAAGUUGUUUAUAUUUCCCAACUUUUUUUUAGUUUUCUGUCACAAAUCAUUCUCUCAUAACACUUGUUUAUAAAUAAAUAAAAAUUACUUUUAAUAUCUCAGGUUAAUUUAAAAUUCGCUUAAGUUCGGUAGAACAAUCUAACUAAACUUUCAUGUUUGCUUACUUGUAAAUAAUUUCGAUAGUUGAGAUCAUGAGUCAAUUGAUGCCAGAACAUCAUGGAAAACCUGGAAGCACUGGUUGAACCAAUAAGAAUAAAUCAUUUAUAUUAUUUUUUUUAUAGAUCAUACCUAAACUGUUGACCGAUUUCAAUAAAUGUGUUAAUAGUAAGUAUCACUCAAACGGAAAUGUAAUGGAUAAGUAUUAGGUGGUCUAGCUUCAAUUUACUCAUGAUCUCAACUAUUGAAAAUUACUACAAUCUCCACAAACCCCCUUCUAAUUGUAAAUAAUUGUCUGAUCUUUCAUUGUAUUCUUGAUAGCAUGUAACAUGUGAUCAAUCAUAGAUGUAACAUAAGGUUGUAAAGUGCUAUAACUUUCCUGGUAAUAAAAUUGUCAUAAUAUGCAUUACAAAAUAUCAAGAAUUUAAUUGUUUUUCAAUCUAUGGAUUAUGUACAUUGAUUAAUGUAGAAUUCACAAAUGAUAUUACUCUCGAAACUAGAACACAAGAUUUAUUUAGCUUUCAAACAGUGACUUUAUACUAAUUGGUAUAUUGAUUACAUGGCAAUGUAUAUUUCAAGUAAAUGAUAGAUUUAUCAAAAAGUGAUGUUUAUAUACACAAAAAUCUUUUGAAAUUAAACUGCAAAUCAUAGAAUACUAAAUAAGUAAUUCUGUAUAUUGACUUAUUUGAUAUGACACCCUAAUGAACUGACCUACAUGGACUUAGUAUAAUUUAUGAUGAACAAAUAAUUCUUUUUGCGUGAUCUGAUGGAUAUAUCAUGAAAUCCUACUAGUGAUUGUGAAUAAAUUUUCAGUAGUCCAUCAGUGAGUUAUGACAAGUGUUAUGUCGUAUAGAUUAUAUUGCUAGAUGAAUUCUAUCUAUCGAAUAUGUUAUAUAAACAUAAGACUUAAUGAUUCAUUAAUAUUGUGGAAUUAUUUUAUGUUAGAGUCGAGAUAAUCAAUAAGGAAUUAUGAACCUAUGCACCUUGAUGGUAUUAAAAAAGCACAUUUGAAGACUUGAAAGAACUGAUUAUCUUCUUUGAGAUUCAUUAUUACUUUACCCAGUUUCAUAGCCAAAUAUAUCAUCAAUGGAGUUUUUAUUCAUUGACUAAUAUUCCGUAGUACAAUGUUUAUUUUAAUCUAGAAGCACUAGUUAACUUAACAAUCAACAAAUACUUGGUUUGUCAACCUCAACUAGCGUAUAAUUAGGUUUGAAAGCACUAUUGAAUUCCCUCAACCAAACACAUAGAUAUGUUAGAACAACACAUGUAAGCUAACAAUUGUUUUCAAUUAGAUCGUCAUCAGGCUUUACUUUCAUAUACAUGAAUAUUUAUACGAAAAUGUUAAACCAAUCAAGGCAAUAUGGGUCAAUAAUCUCAAUGAAAUAGAAUAAGUCACCACACAUAAUAGGUAAAAUACAUGUUGGUAGUAGGAAGACAGGUGUACUGAUAGUAGUAAGAAUAAUAAAAUACGAUAACAAAAGUCUUAUCAAUAGUUAAGCGUUGGAAAUAGAAGGUCAAACGUGGGUAAAUAGACUUGGAAUAGUCAUCACAUUGAUAGAUUUGUACUCAGUCACUGGUGGAAGACUAAUUACACAAUUUUAAGAAGUUCAGUCGGAAAUGUGUAAGAUAAAAAGAUAUGAUAAUUGAACAUGUUGUGAUAAGAAAGCAUAAAUGCGUAACAGAUCUACUACCGCUUGCUUUUCUUGAUGGAAUUUGAACCCAGAACCUUCAGUCUGGGUUAUGGUCCCACGUGCGUGAUUGCGGAUGCGCAUUGCUAAGUCCCAUACUAGGACGAAAUGACCAUCUAGUGCUUCCGGGUUUUCAAUGCUGGUUUAGCUUUGAUCGAUUCGCGAUUUCAACUGUGAAAAUACUGCAACCUCCGCAAAUCCCUAUAUUGCAAAUUCUAAUAGUUUAUCGUAUAAAGUAAAUUUAGGUCAAGUUCUUGCGUCCUAUUUUACUAGUACAGAAAUAUAUAUGUUUAAAGACAUGAUAUUUUGGAGGUGUCACUGAAAUAUUUUGAAUUUAUUUGAUUAUGUUAUUAAAGAACCUUAUUAAUAUGAAACAUUUAUUAGAAAAUGGUGUCUAACAUUUCAGUCAUCGUAGAUCUCCUCUGGACUAACAUGGUUUUAAUUCCUUGUGUCACAUACAUACCGGCAGAUAAAAUUUUGAUCUAUACGAACAAAAACAACACUUAUUAAUAUGUCUGGUCUUGAAUUAAUGCACUGUAUCAAAUUAUGCGUUGUGCCCCCAAAUGCCCUGGUAGGACCGAGGGUGGGGGAAGUCCGCUUUCCCUCUCUAAAUGCUCUCACAUAGCCACGUGCAUACAAUCACUGCCAGGGAAGUCCUACUCACUGCCUCCUCGCACCAUGGGUGUUGUUUACGAAACUGAGAGGAAGAAAAGCGAAUGUUCGGCUCUUUGACCGGGUUGGUGGACAUAGUGUCCACCUAGGGAAGUUGGAAAACCCUGGUUCCAAACCAAUGGUGUACAUGGGCUCCAGGAUCCCAAGGAAACAAAUGAUGUAUGAACCAAUUGCUGGUCACCGGCUACGAUUGGAUUGCAUCUCCUUACGUCGCUCCACUGCCUCCUGGAUUAAACCUUCAGGGUGUAGCCCCCUAAGAAAACCACCUGCUUCGGCUUUGGCACCCGGGCACUAUCACAGCACUCACACAAAUUUGAUGUGGUGACAAAUAUUUCGCAAAAUACUAUGCCUGCUCUGAUCAGAACUCAGACAUUUCACUUUCUCUUGAUAACAUUCUUCUUUAUUAUUAUUACUACUACUUUUUCAUGUACAACAUCACUUAUCACUUUUUAUUGUCACUUCAUAUAUCCUCAUUUUUCAAAUUACACAGCAGCUAACCCAUGGUGGAAACUCGGUUCUAUCAAGACGAUCUCGAGUCACUGCCUGGUCGAAAGUUGAAUGCUUCCACCGAAUAAGAAUACUGAAGCAGUUUUUCUGAAAUCACGUGGACCUUUCAAACUGGCUGCCUUCAACGUUUACACACUAAUGCAGAUCGGACAACAGAUAGAGCUGGCUAUGUCUUUAGAAAGUCUUCAUAUCGACGUUUGUUGUCUAUCCGAGACCCGUAUUCAAGACUCUAGUGAAGUACUACAAAUUCGCUCUCCAUCUGUCGCUUCGAAAAGCUUGUUUUACGUGCGCUUAUCCGGGGACCCUGUGGCAUCUUCGUCUAGUCUUGCUGGCGUUGGUGUCGCACUAAGCACUAGAGCUGAAGCAGCUCUAAUCGACUGGAUCCCCAUUAACAGUCCGUUAUGUGCUGUUAGAUUAAAAAGUUCCAUCAAAGUGAGAAGAAAUCGGCGUGAGAAACGAUGUCUUUUCGUCAUCUCCGCCUAUGCUCCGACAGAUUGCAGCCCGGAUGAAUUUUACCACCACUUAACUGUUUUUCUCCAGAAAGUGCGUUCGACAGAUAUUGUAGUACUAGCCGGAGACUUGAAUGCUCAGGUAGGGCGUCUAAGCACAAAAGAGAGUCGUUUAGGUGGCCGAUGGGGACUUGUUGGUCGCACGACAGAUAACGAGGACCGUCUACUGCAACUGUGCACAGACCACAACCUGUUUCUGACUAGCACUAACUUCCGGCACAGUCAUCACUGAUGUGCCACCUGGCGUCCUCCAUCUGCAUCUCAAGCCUGGACUCAGAUUGAUCACAUCGCGAUCAGCUACCGCUGGCGUGGCUGUGUACAAGACUGCCACUUCUUUUGGAGUACCUAUCUGGACUCUGAGCAUGCCCUGCUCUGCGCCAAUCUUACCCUACUUUUCGGUGGCCAACGAAUUCAUCGUCCUAAACUCAUUGAUGUCAGUAAACUGAUUGCAGCUUCUGUUGCAACAAAGUAUCAAACCGAGCUAAGUUCUAGGCUAGCUACCGUCCCACCGAAAAAUACAGAUGAGCAUUGGUUGCAAUUGCAUGACGCCAUGAAAAUGGCGAUUAAAGUCGCUUGCAGCUCCGCGAAACGUCCGGGUUUCUUCAGGCUCCCUACAACUCAUUGGAGCCCGUUGGUGUACUCCAGGUGGCCGUGAGUGUGGUCAAAAGCGAAGAAGUGCAAAGUAAUUUCACAAGACUGGCAGGACCCUGCACUCACCCUGGAUAGUGAGCAGAUAGAAGUAGUCGAGAAGUUCGUGUAUCUAGGUGGCUGCAUAAGUGCUGGUGGGGGUGUGAGUGAUGAAAUCAAUGCACGAAUAGUGAAAGCCAGAGAGGCUUAUGCCAAUCUGGGCCACCUUUGGCGACUUCGUGAUGUUAGUCUGGCUGUAAAAGGUGGGAUCUACAACGCGUCGGUGAGAGCAGUUUUGCUCUGUUUGUGAAACCUGGCCCCUCCGAGUUGAGGACGUUAGACGACUCUCUGUUUGAUCAUCGCUGUCUCCGAAGGAUUGCUGACAUCCGAUGCCAACACCAUGUUAGUAAUGCAGAGGUUCGGCAUCGUGUGUUCGGAUGCAGAGACGAUAAUCCAAUUGGUGUCACUAUCUUGAAACAUCGACUUCGGUGGCUUAGAUGUGUUCUACGAAUGUGGUCCCAGAGAAUUCCUCGUCGUGCAUUAUUUGCCGACCCUGUGACUGGUUGGAAAAAGCGGAGAAGUGUUCAGUGUAUGACAUGGUGUCGGGGUAUGAAAGAAAGCUGUACAGGACUGGCUUCUAUUGGUCCUUCAUGACUUUCUGGUUAGGGUCCUAUAGAUGGCACAACACAAUGGCUAGAGACAUUAUCAAACAUGAUUCGGAAGACAAGUCAGAGGCGGUCUGCUGUAACCUUCUUUUACUUUCUUCAUAAAAAGUGACCGUACCUUCUUUAACUGAAAGGAUUCUUCCUGUUUCCCCCAUUAUUAUUCCACUACCAUACACUAAUUUGUCGUCGUUAUUGUUCUCUUUACACGCACCUUACAAAUUUUAUCUCUUCUCAUUAUUAUUCUGUGGCGCAUAUGUAACUGGUGCCCCCUUGUACCAAUAUUUAUAUGUUCAAAUAAAUAAAUGCGUUGUUAUCACAAACUAACAACUGUUGUUCAUUUCAUCUUCACUUAUUCCAUCACUGGAAAAGUUAUGCGAAAUAAAACCUUAGGCUGUCCAGUCAUAUGGUAUUGAAUUUCUUAAUUUCACAUAAUUUACAAUAUUAUUUUAUUCUAUCGAACGAAAUUUAUCGUGCCAGUGACUUGGAAGAUUAAGGUUAUGUUUGUUUAUAUUAAUUUUUACAGUCUAUCCCGAGGCACACUACUUAUUAUUAUUGCUUAAUGAAAUCGAUCACAGAUACCUACCUAAAUUAGUUUUGCGACUGUUUCAAAUGUGAAAUGGUCUCGUAGUAAACGAUAUUUUCAAAUUUCAUUUUCUCAAAUAGAAAAUAAAUAUUAUUUUAGACACUAAAACUUCGAAAAACAAUAAGUUAUUCAUUUUUAUAUUAAUGUCCCAACAGCAUUUUAACUUUUAUUCUAUGAUCCACGACUUUGUUGACCUGAUUAGCAAGCUUUUUUAGUAAGGCUAUUUACUUACCGGAUGAAGUUGCUGACCUUAUGCCCUACACACUUCUCCUAUAUCCGGGCUUGAGGCUGUCUGUAGUCUUAGGAUGGUUCCAGGUUGAGUUUACUUAUUUAAUAUUGAUAACUUUUCAGACGAGGAAUUGUUGCAUAGUUGGAUGAAUUUUAUUUAUUAAUUAUCUGACUUAAUCUUUUGUAUAUCUUAUAGCAGAGCAUGCCCAUGACCCUUCAGAUCUAUGCUUAACCACCAAACCACUGAGUCAAUACCAGAUAGUUUAAAAGUACGGAGCUAACACGAAAACUACUCACAAAAAGGUCAUGUGUGAGCGACUUCAAGCAGUUGUCUCUUGGGCACUGUUGUCACGCUCUCAGGUCAUUAAGACCACCCCUAACCCAAUUUCUUUUCCAAGUGCCUCUAGAAGAUCCCUUCAACGGUGUGGGCAACCGGGAAGUGGUGACCGCCCUCAGACCUCUAACAGCACUCAAGAUCACUGUAUUAACUGAGUUUUCAGAUUUGGUCAGCCAUCUGCCAAUAUCGGUGGGUUGGUAACAGCCUCACAUCUAACAUAGCCGAGCUCUAUUUACCAAGGAAUUCUCAUAAUUAAUCAUUAUUUGAGGAUACAAUCACUAUUAAUAUAAAGGGGUUUGGGGAGAUCGUUGAACUUUAUAGUUUAAGUCACAGAGUAACCUUAGACAACUAAUGGAAACUAAGAAGCAAUGUACAAUUAUUCCUUCCUAGUGUUUUCUGCUAAGCAAUAAUUCUGAAACAAUUUUCACUUAUCUAGACAAGCAUCAAAAUAGCAAUUUAUAAAUGCAGAAACCAAUCAAGCUUUUCAAAUCGAUAGACUACGGGUGAUUUAACAUAAUAUUAGUGAAAUUGAAGAGAUUUCGCCAAACAAGAUUCUGUGUAUGAUAAGUGAACCAGUAAUCUUACUCAUUUGAAAAGGUUAGAUUAUAAAUUUUGGAUUCAUCUGUAUAUACCAAAUAACCAGCUGAAAUGAGACAUCAGUUCGUCACACAAAAAACUGCAUAACUUAGGCUACAAUUUAUUAAUUAACAAGCACAUUUCAGCAGACAAUUAUGAUAGGACUAAUUGAUUUAAAACACAUAAAAGCCUUCCGUUUUUCUCUUUUUCACUGUAUCUGCUUGUAGGUGCGGCAAAUACUUCGUUUAUUGUCAGCAUCCAGAGUUCAGAAGAUUUCGUAUUUAUCUACUCUACUAUAAUGCAUAUAUUCUCUUUCCAAUCGGAAAUAUUUCAGAGACAGCAAGUGUAUGGUUUACUCUAGUUCUAUCUGUAGAACGUUACUUAACUAUGAGCCAAAUAGGUUCAGCAUAUCAAAAUAAACUCAGGAUGCAAUCACCUAACACAUUACCUUCAAAACAAAAAAGUGAAAUAUUGUAUAACACAAACCAUUCAACUUAUACCACAGAAUAUCAAGAAACUUUUAAUGAAGAUAAAAAAUUGCCAAAAAAGGAUUCAAUUGAAACAGUAGAAAAUGUAGUGGAACAGCAGCAGCAUCGUGAACAACAAACAACGGUGGGUAAUUUCAAAUGGUAUGAAAAGCUCUCGAACUGUUGUAAUUUAUCAGUAUUAAAACAACAUAUCAGAAACAGUUUGACCAAUACUCCAACACCAAAGUCUUUAUGUAUCUUACAUAAAUUACACCAUUCACAUUUAGAUAGAUCAAUAGGACGUUGUAGUUUAAAUAAAUGCAUACAACUGUAUGCUUGCCGAAAUUGUAACUUCAAACAUUCACUAGUUUUUAUAACAUUUUUCAGUAUACUACUUAAUUUGCCACUAUUCUUUGUUCAAAAAGUUGUCAGGAAAAAUAAUCCUAUAAAAAAAUCAGCAAUUAAACAAAUGGAAAACAAUAAAACAAGUGAGUGGCUACAUACUAUAUCAAACCACUUCAAUAAUUUAACUUCAACUGAUAAUCAAUACAAUCAGGGUCAAUUACAAGUUUUCACUGGGCUUACAGAAUUCGGUAAUUCAGACUUUUAUAAAAUUUUCUCAUGGACACGUAUUAUGUUAAUACAAGUUUUACCGUUAUUAUUCCUAUGCUUCGUCAAUUUUUGUUUAUUACGUUUCAUACAUAUAGCAAAUAAACGUCGUCAAAGGUACUUAUUACCAGAUUUGUCUAAUAAGAAAACCGGCCGUUUUAAAUUACAUAAAGCAAAUUUGCGCAGUACAAAAGUUAAUAAAGCUUCAAGCGCCAAAUGGCAAGCGGCACAGCGUAAAUUAACCAUUUUAUUAAUUGUUAUUAUUUGUUUAUUCAUAGCCGGACAAAUACCACAAGCAUUUGCAUAUAUUACUAUAUUUGAAGCAUUUAAUAGACAUUUUGGUAAUGUAUGCAAACGAUGGAGAUGUUGUCCUCCAUAUUUGAUUUAUCGUUCAAUAGCGCAUAUGUUGGGCUUAUUUACUUACUCUACUAAUUUUUUUGUUUAUCUUACAUUGAAUAAACAUUUCAAACAACAAUUAAACAUUUGGUUCCUAUUAAUAUGCCCUAUUAGUAAACAAUUUCGGAAAAAGUGUUUAUUAAAACAAAACAAAUCAAUAAAUCAUUCUUAUGAUCAGUCAAAAUCUAAAUUAUCAUUCACAAAUCAACAUAAAUCAAUAUCUCUACCUCAUAAUAAUCUUUAUUAUCGUAUGUGUAAAAGAAGACGUUCAUCUACGCUAUUUUGUAAUCCUACAAAACGACUAAUAUCAAUUGAUAAUACAGAUUUAUCUUCUGAAGCUGUUUCAGCUCCAGUUGAUUUAUGCACUAGUUCAAAAUGGAAAAAUAAAGAUUUUCUACAAUUAAAUGAAAUGAAAAAAGAUCUAUUAUCAACAACUAUUUAUCAUUCCCCUCAAUGUAUAAAUAAAAUCAAUUCAAUUAUUAAAUCAGAAAAUACUAUUGAUUAUAUCAAAAUGAAUUAUUCCUCAGUACCUUCUAUUAAUGACGUAUCAAACUAUUUAGUCAUAUCAAAUCCUGUCAAUACAGAUAAUAAUCUGCUUUAUAAACCUAUAGAAACUCAAUUUCAACAAUCCUCUUUAAUCACUAAAAAUAAUGACCUAUCAAUUAAUUCUAUACAACCAACAAAUUGUCAAACAGAAAUAAAAUAUGAUUUAAAUAAUCCAUCAUGUAUUUACAAAACUUUUCGUGCUUAUUAUUCACAUGAUUCAGUGAUAAAAAAUUGGAUAUUUCAAUUAACUAAUAAUAAUAAUAAUAAUCAGAAUUCUCAAAAUACUAAACAAAUUACAACAUCACAAUCACAUUCAAUUUAUUCAAAUCAAUUAAUAACAAAUAAAGAUAAUUUAAACAACGAUUUACAACAUGAGCAAUAUGUUCAGAAUUAUGAUAAGCGUAAAGAAGAUAUGAUUAAUAAUGCAAAACAAAAUACUAUACAUUGUGUAAAUCUUAAUAUGUUGCGCAAUAGUAAUAAUAAUAAUAAAGAUUAUUAUAAUAAAAGUAAUGAUAAUAUUAGUAAUAGUACUAAUAGUAGUACUAGUAAGAACAGUAAUAGUGCGAUAACAAAUUCAAAAACUUGUACUCAUUCAAUAAUUGAUUCUGAUUCACAUGGUGUUGGUUUGACAUUUUCACAUGUUUACUGUCCACUUAUAUAUAGAGAGAGUGAUUUUGAUGUGAUUUCAGUUGAUGAAAGUAAUGCACAAGAUGAACCAGAGCCUAAUUCAUUUCUAUAAAGUGUAUGUUUUAUGAAUUAACAUAUGAACAUUUGUUUAUAAUAAAAGAAUUAAUAUUUUCGUUCUUAAUGUUAUAUCUAGUAUAAGAAGACUAGGAUCUAUGUAUCGUUGAAACAUAUUAGCACAUAAAUAAACAACAUAGUAUAUAUCUAACAUUAUUCUGAGAUAUAAAUACUUGCUAUCGUUUCAAUGUUGUUUCUUCAUUUAUAGUUUUACCAUGGUCAUCAUCAUCGUAUGAGUAGAUUUCUUCCUGAUACAUCGGCGUAUUUUAUAAUAGAUAUAAAUAUUUAUAUACAUAAACAUUUCAAUGUCAAUGAUAUUUAUGGUACAAUAUACGUGUUGCAGUAUAUAAAAUUAAUGUACAGUAAAAUUAUUUUUAUUGAACAAGCUAUAAGGUCAUUCCUACUUACAAAAAGAAAAAAGAAUUUAUUGAAAAAUAUUUUUCCAAAAAAAAAUAUAUAUAUAUUUUUAUGUUGCCCGUAGUCUGAUCUUACUUUAUAAACUUGCUGUACGAGGGCAACUUUUUUGUAGUACACUAUUAGGUAGAGCCUUAUUACAUUUUCUAAACUAUUCAUAAUGCUGUAAAGUAUAUACAUAGAUUUUAAUAGUACCUGAAUUAUUCAUUAGGUUACAAGAUUCAAAUAAAACUUAUUGCAAUAAAAGAAUUUUCCAUUUGUUAAAAGGCAGAUUUUGUGGAGUUUAACCUUGAAAUAAAGACUAACUACGCUAUACAGUGCAGAUCUAAACAUUAUUUACUUUAUUUAAUACUUAAUCAUUAGAGAUGCUUCCAUUCUAUUAUCUUGAUUGAGUGACUUCAUAUAUACAUUAGAGCUAUAUAAAGAGGUCAUCCAAUCAUCAGAAAUAUUGCUAUGAUCAAUGCACCAAGCUUGUAUUUUGCAUCAAGAACAGCUAUUCGAGGAUAAAUUUCGUUUCUAUAUAUAACUUGAUAGCUUAUAAAAAUACGAUCGUACAAACCAUUUUAAACGCUAAAUGAAAAUAUGCUUUCACAUAUUUUAUCUAAACACACAAGAAGCAGAUGACUGAUAUGUAGAUUUUUAACUGUAAAUAAAAAUUGAGUGUUUGUCAAUAAUGUUGCCAUUUCCUAAAUAAUUCUUCAAUGUCACUUACACUUCCACGUUAAAACUUAAAAAUAUUGCUUCUACCACUGAAAGCUUCGAUAGUUUUAAACUAAAUAACAUCCAUGGGUUAUAUUUUGGCACUAUAAGACUGGCUGUGCGGCAUUUCAUAUUAACAAAUAGUUUGGUUAUACAUUCAUGGGUCAAGUGAUUACUAACCUACAGAAACAAUCCUUUGUUCAAAUAAGAAUUCAUCAUAAAAACCCUGAAUCCUUGUGCGAUACAAAAAAAGUAACGCAGGAGAGAAACACAGCAAAUUGAAUAUUAGGUAAAAUGGCCUUCCGGAGGAUAAUUCAAAUAGCAGAUAUUAAACGGAAAGAAGUAAUCAAGAUUCAGGUAUCAAUAAAACAAAAGAGCAAUAGUAACCAUUUUCGAAAUAGUAACCAACAAUACUUGAGUGUUCAAUAUUCCAAAAACCAGUAACUCAUAUGAAGAUGAGUUCUGAGAUUUUUCAUAAUACGUUCUAAAACGUGAGCAAAAAAAUAUCAACAGGCGCUUGUCAACAACAAUCAUGCCAACACAUUUCCGCAAAAACUAGCAAAUUUUCGGAUACAAAGACGCAUCACAAAAACAAAACAACAGCCAUAAUCCAUGACAAAAAAAAUAACAAAUAAAGUUAAAGAAAUCACACCUUCAAUCUAACGUGCACGAAUAUAGUAACCGAGGUAAACUCCAACCACAUUUCUAAAUCUAACAAAACUGUUCGCAACCAGUACACGACUACACAAUCCGGAUACGUGAGUCAAGCUUACACUUACCAAACCAAAGAUAUCACAUAGAACACAAACAAUGGAAACCCUAGUAGCCGAGAAACAAUUUUGCGCAGUCUACUAUUUCAUACUUAGGCGACUGGUGCUGCAACUGCGUAAUAGAAACAUUAACGACAAAUAAAAGAUGAACAAAAGUAAACCUUCUAGACACCAUCUAUCUUUCCAAUCGACACCUAAUACCGAUGUGCAUCGUCGAAACAACCAAUUUAUCCCAACACAAUAGACCCUACCCAAUCCACCAUUGUGAUCACUGACUUGUCACGACAUUUAUACAUGCAAUCUCUAUAUAUCUAUGAUACUUCGUUACGUUCAGUGCUGGAAACCCAUUUGACAAUUUAUCCUGAAGAGAUCACCUCACAGUCAACACCCGAACAUGAAACCGACACAUCAGUCAAGAAACACUGUGCUAAGCACCUGUUCUUUGUUGGUGACAUACAACAAACUGUCCUCGUAGACAAACUCCAGUCUGAUCUUUAUUCGAUGGAUUAAAGCAUUUACACACUUCCAAAAUAGAUAUAUCCCACCAUCUUUAUCGAUGCUCAAGCCAGUUCGCAUAAAAUUCCGUUAAAUUUAGACUAAGAAACUAAUGAGCAUCAACAUUUAAAUACAUAAAGCAUACUAUCAGGCUGCUGGAUAAGCCAUCAGACACACGAAGACCUCCUUAAACUAAGCAUAUGAAGUAUGUAGUGUAAACCAUUUAUUAAGCACAGGCUUAUAAACUCGACUUUGAGUCGCACUGUUUAUGUGAAAGCUAAUGAUACUAACCGAAUUCCCCAAACCGAGGUAGGUGAGGUGGGGUUAGAGCCCGCAACUUAUCGGUUGAUAUAUACUUACAACACUGAAACAACCAUGUCCAGCGCAUUGUCAAAACAUUGCAUUGGAAUCACGACGACUAAUACGAUACAAUACAAUACGUUACAUACCCAACGCACAAUAGAAGGCAGACGUGAAAUGCCUUACCGAAGGCGCAAAUUCUUCGGACACUUCAUAAUACGGUUAUCUGUUAUAUAUUUUGGAAAAUGUUUUAUCAAUUACUCCAGUGGCUUACCGUACGCAUCAGGAUAACCAGAAUCUAGGCCCGAAGAACGGGGUUAGAACCACCACUUUUCGGCAAUCCUGCUGCAGUCAUGUAACCACCCCCACAGCUCACACACCCACCAGCAUGAACAACCUUGGUUGUCAACGCCAAAUGUCCGCAAGCAAAUUCUGUUCACGCUUUGAGAAUUGGCUAUCUUGGUUACUCUGUAGAGCAACCUUUAGACCUACACCGACUAAUCCCCAUAACACAAUGUGUGAACAGCUACAGCACCACAGCAAAACCUGCUAGUCUCACCAUCAGACAGCCGCUUUGCCGGAAAGAUUUAACUGCACACCAGCACAACUAUGUUUCCAGAUUAACAGCUAAACUCCGAGUUAAAAAUCUGCAAACAGCUAACUGAUCAAAACUGUCUCGCCUGACACUGCGAACAACAGCAAUCUCCCAUGUAUCAGCAUAGCAUACAGGCAAUCCAUAUCGGCAGGAUAUUAGCUGAUAAGAAAAGCAAAAGGCUUAGUUAGAUGAUAGAUUCAUGAUAUAUAUGUAUAAACCAAUAAAAACAAUGAACAAGUUAAAUAAGCGUCAGCAGUCAACGUCGUUCUCUUGAUAACGACCGACUAUAAUGUCGGGGAGAAGAAGGAAGACGAUAUCGAUCGUUCAUUCUACGUGGUGACCGCCUGUCACGACCAGACGAGAAAGAACGAGAACGCCGUCCAUUACGUCGUGGAGUAACCGAUCGUCUGAAAAGUUAAAAGUGAACUCAUUUGCGAGAAUACAGUUACACAAAAAUAGUGAUAAAUGAUGCAUGCAAGCGGACACCAAUAAUUAAAGAGAGAAGUAGAACAAAUAUAACAAGAUAAAUUGAAAUACAGAGAGAAUAAUUAACUAGCUAUACCUACACUUAUUACCAAGUAAAACACAAUAAUCAAUGCACACAGUACACUAAACAUAUAAAAACUUCACCGUCGGGAAAUUCUUCAUACAGACUAACAAGCAUCCCCAUAAAAUUGGUUUGCAUAUAAUACGCAAAUACUACAUAAUCGCCACUCAUGGUAGGCUAAAUCCUAAUAGUAUACUUCUCAUCCACAACGCUUUCUAUUUGUCAUCUCAUCUAUACGGGCUGUCCAAAUGUCAGGCAAUCACCUGGUCAAACCCAAACGAACAAUCACUAAUUAAUCAAAUCAAUUUGUAUGGAAAAUAAUUGUAGAAACGGUACUAGAGGCAUGUGAAUACCAUUAGCGACCGUCUACUUCAAUAUAGCAUUUUUGGGAGACCAGAACGAUAUCCUGGUACUAUGAAAAUGCACAAAAAUCUAACAUCUGAAUCUGCAACUUUGUAGGAGAGAUUCACAGUAGACAGUAGUUUUGCCAACAAAUCAAUCCUUUCAAUAUAGCAUUCCUAAAACACCCGACUACAGUCAGGCUCUAGCGGAAUGCACAAAAAGAAUCAUGUUUCAAUAUGUAGAAGCAAUUUUAACGGGAUGCGAUGCACACCGCCAGUGAUUGCUACGUUCAUUUUGGCAUCACUGAAGCACUAGGCUUGUUAACCAGCCUUCGUCAGAUGCCAUUCACUAAACAUCUUUAUUAUUUGGUUCUACUACAUAGACGUGUAUACUCCAGUUCCUGUUACAGCACUACACACUGGCCAUUCUUCAUAGUUCCACAUCAAUUCGCCUCCUCACAGGCGUGCAACGGCAACUCUUACGAGAUAUAACGCGCUCCCUCAAGAGCCACCAGAAGAUUCCUGCAAAAUCCAAUAUCACUUCCGUGACGCUUCGUUAAGCAGGCAUAAAUCCAACAGACCAAAGCCCAUAAAUGAUUUCAUGCCACAUCCAUUCACGCCACUGAAUAAAAACUUCUCCUGCAUUUUCCCACUUUCCCGUCAACGCCCGCUUACCAUCCUUCUUCUAUUACUACUUAUGUGGUAUCCGCCCACAAAUUCAUUGCUCAAUCAAACUGUCUUGA